AUGCCGUUCAAUCCUAAAGACGACAUCCCUGACCUGACUGGUAAAGUCAUCAUCGUCACAGGUGGCAGUAGUGGACUUGGUAAAGAGAGUGCCCUUCAGCUCGCAAAACACAAUCCUUCCGCCAUCUUCAUCACAGCCAGAACAGAAAAGCGUGGCAAUGCCGCCAUCAAAGAGAUCCAGGAUGCCGUUCCGGACUUUAAGGGCCAGAUCAAGUUUCUAGAGUUGGAUCUGUCGUCCUUUGCGUCCAUUCAGAAAGGCGCCACCACAUUUCUUGGCCAGUCUAAUCGACUCGACAUCUUGAUGAACAACGCCGGCUUGAUGGCCACCCCUGCUGGUCUUACAGCUGAUGGAUAUGAAGUCCAAUUUGGUGCCAAUUAUAUGGGACCGGCCCUGUUUACCAAACUACUUCUCCCUACUAUUGUCAAAACAGCUGAACAACACGGUGGAGAUGCUCGUGUCAUCAAUUUGAGCUCCUUGCUCUUCAAUCAGUCGCCCAAGGAAGGGAUACUUCUUUCUCGCGUAAAGACCCCACUCGAAGACAUUUCCAGCUUGGCGCGCUACGGUCAAUCCAAGCUCGCUGAUUAUUACCACACCCGCUCCCUGAGCCGGUUUUACCCAACUGUAAAGUUUGUUGCGGUCCACCCAGGAGUCGUCAACACGGGCCUAUUUGAUGAUUUGCGAAAACGAAGACCUUGGCUGGGUGGAUUGAUUGGUGUCCUUGGAUCUAUUUUUCUCACAGAUGUUCACGCUGGUGCAAAGGCUCAGUUGUGGGCAAGUACAGCCAAGUCGCAGGAUGUCAGGAGUGGUGGUUUCUACAACGAAAAGCUCAAGGAGUAUACGGAUUCAGUUUUGAAUGAUGAUAAGGCUGUUGAAGAGUUAUGGAACUGGACAAACAAGGAGUUUGAGAGUAAGGGGUUUAAAUGA